GGAAGCGCCGCCAUCCCCAUCAGAACCCGCCCUCAUCGUCACGGUCAUUUUCGAUCAGCCAAAUCAUCAUGACUCUGCCUGUCCUGUCGGACUCGACAUUGUCUGUUCCCGAAUCGAAUCGUACCCGGUUUCCCCUCGUCGUAAUCUGUGCGCGGAGAAUGGAGAAACACGGGGGCCGUGCCGCGACUUAGCGGACGUCCGAACAACGACUCCGCGUUGUUUCAUGUGCUGGCAUCUGGUGUACAUGGACGUGCGGUCACAGAUCCUGUACCUUUGGUCGGUACUGCAGAUGGAAUUGUAGACUCCCGAGAGCUAUCCCAGCACAUGUGCCCCGAUAGCCUGUGCAACAAAUUUGACGAAUCCAUUCCCCUCAAAACCCUUCGCCCCUCAUUCCAUCCACGUCUCUCUCUCCCGAUGAAACAUACAGCUCCGUAAAGACCUUAGUUGUGGGCACUCGUAGUCACCACGAAUGCUAGCGGCUUCGCUGCGCAGUUUCUUCUUCAUUGCUUUGUCUUGUCCAUAGAGCUUUCGCUUCCAAGCAGGUCCGCGCUUGUAGCGCACCCAUCGUAUCUCCCGGGGCGGACUGACGUAGGGAGGGGAGAUGCUAUGUGGGAUCGCAGAGUUGUCGACCGUCGGAUGGAGACGACUUGGGACCACAGCUGUUUAGACCUGUGGCGCUCUUGCAACCAACCAACCAACUGACCCGAAUGGAGGGCUCAUCUAGAGUGGGCUCAUGUUUGAGCCGGCAAGCCCACUUGGCCUUGGACGGGGACCCAUUGCUCCGGACCGCGCCUGACGGCGGAGGAAGAUGUCAAUCGCUCAGACAGCUCGCUAAUCUCGCCGCACUCGAGGGCGACGAGGUGUCGAGCGAACCAGCGGCCGCGGCCUGUAUCCGGAAAAUCUAACCAGGAAGAGGCGUCUGCGAGGAACAUCGCCGUCAUCGAGGGUGUCACAACGUGCGCCAUCGGUCGGGGCGGUGGACUGGUCGCCGAAGCGAGCCCUGACACGUCAGGUCGGCGCUGGCCAAGCUGGGUCCAUGGUUACCGCUCGUCGGGGAAUGAGAGCCUUGAUUCUUCCACGGAGCGAGAGGAUGGGUGAUGAUGUCCCGCCCUAGCAGCCCUAUGUUCCCCUGACCUUAUUCCACAUACUGUCGUGCACCAUUCGUCAGCAGCUUUAACCGAAAACAUAUUCGGAGUUCGUGCCGAAGGAAGACGUUGCUGGAUCGCUAGAAAUCUACGCUGUCGGUCAGGAGAUCUAUGCUGGCUGGAAACCGCGACGCUUCCCAGUCCGAUUUCCGGUCUUUGCUACUGGACGGUGGGCAGUCGAGAUCGAUGACGCUGGGAGCCGAGUGUUUCUGAUACAUUUCCGAGCACAUUGUCAGGGCCACCGGCAACGGCAGAGCUCGAAUUCUCUCUCUUGGCGUGGACGCGAAACGUUCUCAGAAGCGUUUCACUGCUCCGAUCGCCACCGAGGAGCUGCGCCAUUCCGGGGGAUGAAGGCUAUCAUCGUUGGAGCGGUGAGGAUCCUUCUUGCAGCCCUCAUCAUCCACCCGGGUCAGUUGGCGCUCGCAGGGUCAUGCUGCGGUAUACAUCGAUCGCGCCUGACUUGAAUAUGGAAGGAGCUUUCGGGAGGAAGGCUUGUUCUGUGCUGCUUUGUUCCAAGAAGCCCGCGACGAAAGACGCUGGCUUCUUCAUGCAGUGCCCGAUGUCUCGUCCUAUGGGACUUCCAGAUCGCUGCCGGCGGUAUGAAUCGGUGUUUCAAGGGUCUCGGCCACUUGCUUCAUGGUCCGGCUAAGUUAGCCUUCAAAAGCACUCCAAGAAGUGCCAUUGGUCUUCGAAGCGAUGUGAUGCGAUUGAGUUUCUACUCAUCGAUAUCAUAGUGCUCGACAACGGAUGCUGUCAGCUGAUCACCGUCGGGAGGAUCAAGGCCGACAUUUCGCGUACACCCCGCCCACCCAUAGUAACCCAAGCACACCGGAGUAUAUCAAAAAAACUGUCAAGAUUGCCUUCGCGGAAACGGACGCGACGGUCUUCACAGUUGGCAGCAAGAUCCAGGCUGAUCUCAUCGUUCUCGACUUCGUUCCUAACUUGCAGACGAUGAUCCUCCCCUUCGUUCCACUCACUCAUUCGGAAGUGAGCCAACCAUCAGCAAUGCCGUCUCGCUCUUCCGUAAAUCGAUCAAGGAUCAAAUCGGAGACAAGAUAUGGGGUUCGCCUGGUGAACUCGCGCGAUUCUUCUAGCUGGCUCGGUCCAUGCACAUUCCGGCACGCGCGAUUCUGCAGCAAGCACUUCGAGCGCUCGCUAUUUUCAGCAUGCAUCCUGACCGGAUGCUGAGCUGUAAUCUCAGGUCACUGGAUGUCCCGGUGCCAGAGUCUGGCGUGGAGAACUGGGUGCCCGACGGGUUUGUGUCAUUUAAACUAGUCCCAUGAACGCGAGGAAUGGGUCAGAGGGGACGUACCUAACUGCCAACAACAAGUAGCUCCAGAUGGGAAGUGCUCCUUUAUGAGUUGAGGCGAGUCGAGUGCAAUAGAGUGCAAAUGUGCCUGGUGCAGGAAUCCGACUCUACAGUAGCUCGUAGAAGAGUGCCAGACCUCAAACGUGCAAAGCGCAGGCCCGUGGAAUCAUAAGAUAAGUACGGGUAACUGAGAUUGAGCCCAUCUGCAGCAAGGGACACCUUGGAAACUACCCAAGUCCGACCAUUUAGGUUGUUUUGGGGUUCAAAACCUGCCUAAGCGCGCGAAGCCUAUCUAAAUGGUAGCGGGCAAAUGGGUGCUGGGUUGCAAAUUUUGGACGUAGGUGCCCGUGGCAAGGAAAGGGUUACCCUCCACCCUCAAAUGUCAGAGCCAGAAAAAACAAGGCAUUUUUCCCUGGAAAAUAGCUCAUUUUGGGACAUUGUAGGACAUGUAGCCAUAAAUGGUAAUCGUUGUUCAGUAGAAUCUAAAACAAUGGAAUGUCCUGGUCAAGGUAGGGAACAUCCAUUCCCUGUCAAUGUCAUGUGUUCCAUCACGGAAAACGAUGUUAUGGACUCUGAUGCUGACGAACUUCGGGUAAGUGGCCCCCGCCUUCUGCAGCCGACUUUGUCAUAGAUCAUGUUCUACCGUGGCUCUCCCGCUCUGUGAAAGCACCGGGUACGACAGAUGGCCCUGACGAAAAACACCCAUUUAGACUCAACCAAUUACCAAGCUGUUGCUCGAGAGAUCCGUUGCAGCCGGGAAAGACAUUGGUAAGAUGACAUGAUAUUCCGUGACUGGCCGGAGCAACAUACCUAAUCAUGCUCAUGGUCGACUUUCACAAGAAGCCCUGUGGGUCUAGAGAAAAAGUGAAAGAGGUCCAGGUGAGGCGGCGUUGCGGCUGCGUGGAGAGAAGUAGACUAGGAGGUUAGUAUUGACAGGGUUCAUCGUGAUAUACUUGCAUUAACAGAACUUAGACGAGAAUAAUCGUGUACACCAAGUCACGCAUUGAGUCCGAGCCGAACCGCACACCCCCACCCCGGCGUCCUAGACAUCGCGAAUCAGGAAGUAGCUGUCAAGGCAUUGCUCAAGUACUUAGAGGGUGCAGAAAAGCUACAACGGAGCGUGCUCUGGAAUGAACACCCUAGUAAGUGAGAAAAUGGAAGAGCACGAUUCGUAUAAUUCUGAAAGGCCAGCUCGCCGUAUGAAGAUUUCCGCGUGAUACUUUCGAACCAGGCCUCCUUCGCUUCCCAUCGCAAUGAUGCGACUGAUGCCGAGGGACGUUGCAGACAAGGUCAGCGGCUGACGAGGGCCACUGACUACGCACAGCUGACCAACGGUCAGACUCCGAACGGAAAUUCAGAACAGAAGCGGGGUAUCACACCAUAAGAAGUGCGUUUGUGUCGAUGUGGUUGGCACUUGAACCACCUUCUCCCACGCUCGCAGCUCUUUCUGCUCCUCCCACCAUGUCAGAAGCACCAUACACCAUCGCCGUACCCGACGACACCCUGGCCUCGUUGCACCAAAAGCUCAAGGCCGCUAGAUUCCCGGACGAGUUGGAGGAUGCGGGGCGCGACUACGGUGCGCCCUUGGGGGAUAUCAAGCGGCUCGUCUCGCGGUGGAUCGACGGCUACGACUGGCGCAAGCACGAAGCCGCUCUGAACGCGGAGCUGCCUCAAUUCACGCGCGACAUUGCGGUGGACGGGCACGGGACACUCAACAUCCACUACGUCCAUAAGAAGAGCGCAGUGCAGGGUGCGAUCCCCUUGCUGUUCGUGCAUGGAUGGCCGGGAAGCUUCUUUGAGGCGAGGAAGAUCGUGCCCUUGCUGGUUGCGGGGUCUGAUGAACAUCCGAGCUUCCACGUCGUUGCGAUGAGUCUACCGGGUUAUGGGUUCUCCGAAGCCCCAAAGAAGAAGGGAUUCGCCAUUGAGCAGUUCGCUGAGGUUGGCAACAAACUCAUGCUGGCGCUGGGCUACAAUGAAUACGUCACGCAAGGAGGUGACUGGGGCUACUUUAUCACGCGCGUGAUCGCGAAGCGGUACGGCCACGAGCACGCGAAAGCUUGGCACACCAACUUUCCCCUGGGCCGCCCUCCGACACCCUACUCCGAAGAAGGACUAACCGAGCAGGAAAAGGCCGGUCUGGAGCGCCUGAAAUGGUUCAACGGACGCGGAAUGGGGUACUACGCUGAGCAGUCGACGCGGCCCCAGACGGUGGGCUACGCGCUGGCCGACUCGCCCGUCGCCCUGCUGGCCUGGAUCUACGAGAAACUCGUUGACUGGACGGACAAGUAUCCUUGGGACGACGACGAAGUGCUGACAUGGAUAUCCGUCUACUGGUUCUCUCGGGCGGGCCCUGCCGCCUCGGUCCGCAUCUACUAUGAGUUCUCAGAGGGCACGUCCGACGGGGUGAGGAAGGACAUCUACACGGCCGCGGAAUACCCGACGAUCCCGCUCGGCAUGUCUCAUUUCCCUGCAGAGCUGGCCAUCUUCCCAGUCAGCUGGACAGAGGUCUCCGGUAACGUUGUGUACCGAAAGAUCCACAAUCACGGAGGCCAUUUUGCGGCUUAUGAAGCGCCAGAGUCGCUCUUGGGUGAUUUGCACGCGAUGUUCAAGAAAGGCGGCCCUGCCUUCGAUGUUGUCAAGGGGCACAGCGGCUACGACUGAACAACGAACAUCGAUCACAGACAAAGUCGAGCCAGCGUUCAGUCAAGACUCAAAACAGAAAUGUUCACUUGAGACGUUCAGAAGUACUUCAAUACCUUAUCUUGAAUUUAAAUCUGCUAUCUACGACCA